GGCACGGGCAAAAUUGAGGAGCAUAUUUGAAAAAAGUAGUCAAUUUGAGGUUGUCUCUUUCACUCUUGCGGCUUAACCGGAAUGAUGAAGGAUUUUUUAAGCAUUUUUUUUUCUUUAUUUUUGUUCAUUCACUACUUGGAAAUAACCCAGCAGGUAGGCACAUUCCAUCACAAAAGGGACAUUAGAAAAAGAUAUUUAUAUUACUCCAAGUGCUGGCAAGGGCUCAGUUUUGUGUAACCUGUCAUCGAUAUCAGAACAAAACCUCGUUCCGACCAGAAAGUGGUGUAAAAAGUGUUUCUAAGAAAAGUGCUCAAAAAUCAUGAGACUCUGGAGGAUUUCACAGCUUGCGAUUGGCGCCCUGCUUUUGGCCCUGAUCAUCAGUGAGAUCAACUGCAGUGACUUUGAUGGAAAUGAUCUGGGCUAUAACGCAGCAGGAAAUGGAUACAGCAGGCAGCAGCAGCAGCAGCAAGCUUCAGGUGGACGAGGUUUCGCCGAAACUGCCAAGGAUUUGCUGACGAGUCCUGCCGGGCAGUUGGCGGUUUCGUUCGCGAAGGAAAUGAUCAGUCGAUCCGCUGGAAACAGUCAGGUCCUAAGUUUAAAUCUCACAAACUUGCUGAUUCUGUUCCUGCUGAAGGCACUCAUCUUUGCGGCUGGCCUGAUUGGCGCCGGAAACUGGGGCGGCUUCGCCCGAGGAAGAAGCAUCGACGGUUCGUCGCAAUUUUUCCAAGCCGGUGAAACUGGGCUAAUGCUGGGUUAUCUGGCCGCCGAGGGUUCCGGCCAGGAGGGUUGCAUGCUGCAGUCCGCGUGCCGUUCGCCACAAACGGCCCACGAGUAUGCCCGGGCAGCGCGAGCCCUCGUCAACGGGGCGGAAAUCUUCGAUCCGGAAAUUCCCAAAAACAGCAAAUAUCAGCAGAUGCUGCUCCAGCUAGACCGGGCCAUCUCCGAGGGAUCCCAGGGAGCACCAUGCGAAAUGAUUUAUCCUUGUCAUUUGUGAAGGAUUUUUGUGUAGUGUCUUGUGUGAGCGAUAUUGAUGCCAAUAAAGUAAGCAGAAGAGAGGG